AUGUCUACAAUUCUUUACAAUGCGAAUUCUACGUUAGUUUCGAGGUACCAGCGUAAGGUGAAAUUGAGAAAUGAGCUGAACCAGCAGGAUUGUAGCGAUGAGGUGAGGUUUGAAUCGAACCAUGCGAAGAACUCGCCACAAUAUCUCCAAGAUCUGUGCAAAUCUGUGUAUCCAACAUGCCUACACACGAGGUUCGAAGAGAUGCAAUUCCCCGCGCUUUGCGUUCACGCCUUUGUUGCCCUAGUUUUCAAGAAUUUCAUCAAAUCCUGGUUCGGUACCAAAGUGCCAUCUCAAGAUCCAGAGUUUUUGUGUGAAGUGUUCGCACUUGUGCAACGGUUGAUAGUUCACGUUGAAAGCCAUGAAGUUCACUGGGAACAAUUGAUUCUCGAUGACGUGCCGUUUGUCGUGUUCGAACACUAUCAAAUGCCAAAGAGUAGCCGGCUUGAUAAUGAUAGAGAAAGAGGGCCUUCUACAACCGCAAACUAUAUCUGCUCCUUUUUGGGCAACAAUUCGACUUUAGAGCACGCCUUUGUGAAGUCAUUAUACGAAUCUCUGCUGUGUGGUAGAAUACUUGGCAGUAUUGCAGAGCCCUAUCUGAUGCUCGAAAUACUUAACGAGGCUGUUCGUUCGAGAAUCCACAAAUCUCAAUCCAAAUCCAGUACCUUUUUGGGUAAGAUUCGAACUACAGUCGACUUCGUACGUUUAGCGCUGAAAUCCCAAUUACAGAGACCAUCGCAGCUGCAACGACCCUUCGCCCACCGAUAUUUAUUCUCGUGUCUCAGAAGACUAACUCAAUUCGAACAACGCAGACCACUGCUGUACUGUUUGUUCAAAUAUGGUGAAUCAGCCGCUGCCAAAAUAUCCGCGGUGGACAAAGUCCUUUACUGUCUUUUCCAGACAAGCGUGAGUGGCAAAAUAGCUUCUGGCCCGCAGGUUGGCCGAAUUUUCCUCUCUCUUCGUCGACUGGUGUUCCCCACCGAUACAGCAAUGGGGCCGCCAAGGCCAGUCCUCGAUGACCAUAAGAAAAGGCUUUUGCGCGAGGAAUGCGAGCAAAACUUACUGCAACUUCUCGUGUUGUACAAGUUGGACAGUCUUGUCGGUCUUAGCGCAACCGAUGUUAAAGAGUUUGUGGGUGCUAUAGUCGCAGAUCAAGAUGCCAAUGCACACUUGCUUGAACGGCUCCUGACUUGUGCCAUAGCGCAUAUUGCUUAG